UCUCUGGCCCUGGCAGGUUCCGGGAGCCUCGGCUUGUGGGGGCCGGAAGUGGAGGCGGUUGGUGGGGUUGGCGGGGCUGAGGGACGCUGCGCGGGCGGCGGUUUGAGAACUGAGGGUGGACUGAGUGUAGCGACCGGCGUCCGACUGUCUCGCCCUGUCGCGGCUGGGCGAGGGUGGGUGGUGCGCGGCGGCGGCGGAACGAGCGCGGUGCGGGCGGGGCGCCCACCGCUGGGCCCAUGGCCUCCUGCGCGAGCAUCGACAUCGAGGACGCCACGCAGCACCUGCGAGACAUCCUCAAGCUGGACCGGCCUGCGGGCGGCCCCAGUGCAGAGAGCCCACGGCCAUCCAGUGCCUACAAUGGGGACCUCAAUGGGCUUCUGGUCCCAGACCCCCUCUGCUCAGGUGAUGGUACCUCAACAAACAAGACUGGUCUUCGGACCAUGCCACCCGUUAGCCUGCAAGAGAAGCAGGUCAUCUGUCUCUUAGGAGAUGAUAGCUCUACAUGCAUUGGGAUUUUGGCUAAGGAGGUGGAGAUUGUGGCCAGCAGUGACUCUAGCAUUUCAAGCAAGGCCCGGGGAAGCAACAAGGUGAAAAUUCAGCCUGUCGCCAAGUAUGACUGGGAACAGAAGUACUAUUAUGGCAACCUGAUUGCUGUGUCUAACUCCUUCUUGGCCUAUGCCAUUCGGGCUGCCAACAAUGGCUCCGCCAUGGUGCGGGUGAUCAGUGUCAGCACUUCAGAGCGGAUCUUGCUCAAGGGCUUCACAGGCAGUGUGGCUGAUCUGGCUUUCGCGCACCUCAACUCUCCACAGCUGGCCUGCCUGGAUGAGGCAGGCAACCUGUUCGUGUGGCGCUUGGCUCUGGUUAAUAGCAAAAUUCAAGAAGAGAUCUUGGUCCAUAUCCGGCAGCCAGAGGGCACGCCACUGAACCACUUCCGCAGGAUCAUCUGGUGUCCCUUCAUCCCUGAGGAGAGUGAGGACUGCUGUGAAGAGAGCAGCCCGACAGUGGCCCUGUUGCAUGAAGACCGGGCUGAAGUGUGGGACCUGGACAUGCUCCGCUCCAGCCACAGCACCUGGCCUGUGGAUGUCAGCCAGAUCAAGCAGGGCUUCAUUGUGGUAAAAGGUCAUAGCACGUGCCUCAGUGAAGGAGCCCUCUCCCCUGAUGGGACUGUGCUGGCUACUGCGAGCCAUGAUGGCUAUGUCAAGUUCUGGCAGAUCUACAUUGAGGGACAAGAUGAGCCAAGGUGUCUGCAUGAGUGGAAGCCUCAUGAUGGGCGGCCCCUCUCCUGCCUCCUGUUCUGUGACAACCAUAAGAAACAAGACCCUGAUGUCCCUUUCUGGAGGUUCCUUAUUACUGGUGCUGACCAGAACCGGGAGCUAAAGAUGUGGUGCACAGUGUCCUGGACCUGCCUGCAGACUAUUCGCUUCUCCCCAGAUAUCUUUAGCUCAGUGAGUGUGCCCCCUAGCCUCAAGGUUUGCUUGGAUCUCUCAGCAGAAUAUCUGAUUCUCAGUGAUGUGCAACGGAAGGUCCUCUAUGUGAUGGAGCUGCUACAGAACCAGGAGGAGGGCCGUGCCUACUUCAGCUCCAUCUCGGAGUUCCUGCUCACCCACCCUGUGCUAAGCUUCGGUAUCCAGGCUGUAAGUCGUUGCCGGCUGCGGCACACUGAGGUGCUGCCCGCUGAGGAGGAGAAUGACAGCCUGGGUGCUGAUGGUACCCACGGAGCUGGUGCCAUGGAGUCUGCGGCUGGUGUGCUCAUCAAGCUCUUUUGUGUGCAUACUAAGGCACUGCAAGAUGUUCAGAUUCGCUUCCAGCCACAGCUGAACCCUGACGUAGUGGCCCCGCUCCCCAUGCACACUGCCCACGAGGACUUUACAUUUGGAGAGUCUCGGCCUGAACUGGGCUCUGAGGGCCUGGGGUCAGCCCCUCACGGCUCCCAGCCUGACCUCCGACGAAUCGUGGAGCUGCCUGCACCUGCCGACUUCCUCAGUCUGAGUAGUGAGACCAAGCCCAAGUUGAUGACACCUGAUGCCUUCAUGACACCUAGCACCUCUCUGCAGCAGGUACUCUCCCAGGGUAGGGGGACCUGUGAAUGCCCCAGCCAGAGGCCACAGCUCUCAUUCUCUGCAUCUCCCCAGAUCACUGCCUCUCCCAGCAGCAGCAGCAGUGGUAGCAGCAGCAGCAGCAGCAGUAGCAGCAGCUCCCUUACAGCUGUGUCUGCCAUGAGCAGCACCUCAGCUGUGGACCCCUCCUUGGCCAGGCCACCUGAGGAGCUGACCUUGAGCCCCAAGCUGCAGCUGGAUGGCAGCCUGGCAAUGAGCAGCAGUGGCAGCCUGCAGGCAAGCCCACGUGGCCUCCUGCCCAGCCUGCUCCCAGCCCCAGCUGACAAACUGACUCCCAAGGGGCCGGGCCAGGUGCCUACUGCUGCCUCUGCACUGUCCUUGGAGCUGCAGGAAGUGGAGCCCCUGGGGCUCCCCCAAGCCUCCCCCAGCCGUACCCGCUCUCCUGAUGUCAUCUCCUCAGCUUCCACUGCCCUGUCCCAGGACAUCCCUGAGAUUGCGUCUGAGGCCCUGUCCCGUGGCUUUGGCUCCUCUGCACCAGAGGGCCUUGAGCCAGACAGUAUGGCUUCAGCUGCCUCAGCAUUGCACCUACUGUCCCCACGGCCCCGGCCAGGGCCCGAGCUCGGCCCCCAGCUUGGCCUUGAAGGAGGCCCUGGGAACGGAGAGCGGCAUAAUACCCCCUCCCUCCUGGAGGCAGCCUUGACCCAGGAGGCCUCAACCCCUGAUGGUCAGGUUUGGCCCACGGCACCUGACAUUACUCGUGAGACCUGCAGCACUCUUGCAGAAAGCCUGUCCCCCAGCCCCAGGAAUGGCCUUCAGGAAAAGCACAAGAGCCUGGCCUUCCACCGACCACCAUAUCAUCUGCUGCAGCAACGUGACAGCCAGGAUACCAGUGCUGAGCAAAGUGAUCACGAUGAUGAGGUGGCCAGCCUCGCCUCUGCUUCAGGAGGCUUUGGCACCAAAGUUCCUGCUCCACGGCUACCUUCCAAGGACUGGAAGACCAAGGGAUCCCCUCGAGCCUCACCCAAGCUCAAGAGGAAAAGCAAGAAGGAUGAUGGGGAUGCGGCCAUGGGAUCCCGGCUCACAGAGCACCAGGUGGCAGAGCCCCCUGAGGACUGGCCAACGCUAAUUUGGCAACAGCAGAGAGAGCUGGCAGAGCUGCAGCACAGCCAAGAAGAGCUGCUGCAGCGUCUGUGUACCCAACUUGAAGGUCUGCAGAACACCGUCACAGGCCACGUAGAACGUGCCCUUGAGACUCGGCACGAGCAGGAGCAGCGGCGGCUGGAGCGAGCACUGGCUGAGGGGCAGCAGCGGGGAGGGCAGCUGCAGGAGCAGCUGACACAACAGUUGUCCCAGGCACUGUCUUCAGCUGUAGCUGGGCGGCUAGAGCGCAGCUUACGGGAUGAGAUCAAGAAGACAGUCCCUCCAUGUGUCUCAAGGAGUCUGGAGCCUGUGGCAGGCCAACUGAGCAACUCAGUAGCCACCAAGCUCACAGCUGUGGAGGGCAGCAUGAAAGAGAACAUCUCUAAGCUGCUCAAGUCCAAGAACUUGACUGAUGCUAUUGCCCGAGCAGCUGCAGACACAUUACAGGGGCCGAUGCAGGCUGCCUACCGAGAAGCCUUCCAGAGUGUGGUGCUGCCGGCCUUUGAGAAGAGCUGCCAGGCCAUGUUCCAACAAAUCAAUGAUAGCUUCCGGGUGGGGACACAGGAAUACUUGCAGCAGCUAGAAAGCCACAUGAAGAGCCGGAAGGCACGGGAACAGGAGGCCAGGGAGCCUGUGCUGGCCCAGCUGCGGGGCCUGGUCAGCACACUGCAGAGUGCCACCGAGCAGAUGGCAGCCACUGUGGCCAGCAGUGUUCGGGCUGAGGUGCAGCACCAGCUGCACGUGGCUGUGGGCAGCUUGCAGGAGUCCAUUUUAGCACAGGUACAACGCAUUGUUAAGGGUGAGGUGAGUGUGGCGCUCAAGGAGCAGCAGGCUGCUGUCACCUCCAGCAUCAUGCAGGCCAUGCGUUCAGCUGCUGGCACACCUGUCCCGUCUGCCCACCUUGACUGCCAGGCCCAGCAAGCCCAUAUCCUCCAGCUGCUGCAGCAGGGCCAUCUCAAUCAGGCCUUCCAGCAGGCCCUAACAGCUGCUGACCUGAGCCUAGUGCUGUAUGUGUGUGAAACUGUGGACCCAGCACAGGUUUUUGGGCAGCCACCCUGCCCGCUCUCCCAGCCUGUGCUCCUUUCCCUCAUUCAGCAGCUGGCAUCUGACCUUGGCACUCGAACUGACCUCAAGCUCAGCUACCUGGAAGAGGCCGUGAUGCACCUGGACCACAGUGACCCCAUCACUCGGGACCACAUGGGCUCUGUUAUGGCCCAGGUGCGCCAAAAGCUUUUUCAGUUCCUGCAGGCUGAGCCACACAACUCACUUGGCAAAGCAGCCCGGCGUCUCAGCCUCAUGCUGCAUGGCCUUGUGACCCCUAGCCUCCCUUAGCUGCCAAGCCUGCCUUGCCCAGGGGUGGGAUGGCACUGAAGGCCAGCAAACAGGCCUAGGUUGAGGCAGAGUUGUGGCUGGCUUUUACUUGCUCAGGCCCCCAUCUCUGGGGUGUUUGGGGGUCAGGGAGCAGGGAGCACUGGCUGUGGUCUACAGGGUGUGGUAGUCAGCAGGUUUAGGCUGGGCCCAGGGCAGGUAUUGAGCCUUCUUGGGUUCUGCCAUGCCUGGAGCAUGACUGCGAGAUUGUGACACCACUUGAGUGGAAUUUUCCAUGUUCCUUUUUACCUCUGAUUUGGAUCUUUUUGUUUUUGAAAAACAUUGAGAAAUUCAAUUAAAUAUGCUUUUGGAAUAAAAUGAA